AUGCUCUGCCUGAUGCUCUUGCUGGUGCCCCACGGCGUGGCCCUGGCACUCUCGACGUGCCAGAUCCUGGACCUGGAGGCGGCCCGGGCCCGCCGAGUGCAGGCCGUGCGGGGGCAAAUCCUCAGCAAGCUGCAGCUGCUGACCCCCCCCGAGGAAGCGGCAGGGGUGCCCCGGCAGCCGCCUCCCGAGGUGAUGCUGCUGUACAACAGCACGCAGGAGCUGGUGCAUGAGCGGGCGGCCUGCGGCGGACGGAGCGCCGGCAGCAGCGAGGAAGAGGAGUACUAUGCCAAGGAAGUGCGGCGCGUGGACAUGUUGCCCUACGGGCACUCGGACAACUCCAUUGCUAGCAUCCAAAGCAGCCCUUUCUUCCGUCUUCUGCGUUUUGAUGUCUCCGGCGCUGAGGCCAACCUCAGCAGCCUCAUCCAGGCCGAACUGCGAGUCUACCGUGUCCCGAACCCCCGGGCACGAGCUUCGGAGCAGCGCAUUGAACUCUAUCAGGUGGUUCGGGCAAGGGAACCCUCUGCACCGACCCAGCGUUACGUGGAGAGCCAGACACUGCGCCCAAUGGACCGGGCUGAAUGGGUGUCCUUUGACGUCACGGAGACCAUCAGCCAGUGGCUGGAUAAAAGAGAGAGAAACCUGGGCCUCAAACUGGGAGUUCAUUGUCCCUGCUGCACUUACGUCCCUGCUGGAAACACGAUCAACCCCAACCACAGCGAGGAGCUGGAGGCGCGGUUUGCAGGCCUCGACGAUGACCUCCUCCGAGAGGCGUGGAGAGGCCGUGCGCGGCCACCGGACCUCCGUGGAAAAGCCCCCCACUUGAUCCUCACCCUGCUGCCCCCGCACCGCCUGGAGCCCUCCCCAAAGGGGCGCCGCCGCAGGGCAGCCAACGCUCCCAGCUGUGCCAGGAGUAAUGAUCAGGGCUGCUGCCUCCGCACCCUGUACAUCGACUUCCGCAAGGAUCUGAAAUGGAAGUGGAUCCACCAGCCCAAAGGUUACAAGGCCAACUUCUGUGCCGGAAGCUGCCGGUACGUGUGGAGCACGGACACCCAGUACAAUAUGGUGCUCCCCCUGUACAACAAGCUGAACCCCGAGGCCUCGGCCGCCCCUUGCUGCGUCCCCCACGAACUGGACCCCCUGACCAUCCUCUACUACGUCGGCCGCUCGCCCAAAGUACAGCAGCUCAGCAACAUGGUUGUGAAAUCCUGCCGUUGCCGCUGA